CUACGAAGGGCCAGGUUUCGACGACAGAAUCGAUGUUAGAAAGACGGACAGACAGAGAGAAGAGCGAGAGUGGAUCUUUCGAGCACACAGAGAGAGGGGCAGUGAGUAAGGUGCAUCCUCAUGCAUCACCUCGCUCGCUCAGCCCAGCGUUGGGCGAAAUCGCUGAUUCCGCCCAAUUCUUCGUCGUCUGCGGCGGCAGCAGCAGCAGGGUCUGUUGCGCCUGUGUUUAUUGAUCUCUUGAGAGGAUCGACCAGAGGAAUCAGCUCCAGCAAUUUCGCCUUGAGGGCAAAGGGAGCUGCGGUUUUUGGUGGCGGCGGCGGUGGUGGUGAUGAUAAGGAUGGCGAAGAUGAGGAUGCGGAUGAAAAGCCCAAAAGGGGGAAGAAGAAGAUGGUGGAGAUUAGUGACGAAGAUAUAGCCUCGGAGCCCAUGGACUACAUUUUUGCAGGGGUGCCCCCGGAUUUCAAAGCACCCCGGUUAUCUGAUGAGGCCAAGGAGAAAAUGUGGAAAGCCUACUCUGACAGCCCGAAUGAUGAGAUGAUCGAUAAAUUGGCUGAGAGGUUUAAGAUCCGGAAGCAGAGGGUACAUGCAAUUUUGUGGUUGAAGGAGAUCGAAAAGAAAGAGGAGGCUGCUCGUGGGUCUCCCUUAGAGGAUGAUAUUGAGAAAGCAUUUGAGCAGAUCCACGGGGCUUACGACAGCGCAACUAAUGAAAGACAUUACACACUACCCCGGACUAUGCCAGACUUCACUGUGCAGCCGGAGGGUUGGGAAGGUUCAGUGAAGGCAGAGGGUCAAAAUAUUGAUGAAGUUUCGGCCAAGGAAGAGAAGAUGAUGGUAGAAGAGUUCGAGCAUCGAAUGGCGUUCAACAAGUUGCAGAUUUCUGGCGUAAUAAAAACCGAUAAGCUAAGUCGUGUGAGGCCUGCUGAAGGCUGGAGCUACCUGGUUGAAGAACUCGGUGAAGCUGGGAAAAGAGGGAGGCGAGGUGGCAGACGGUUUGUUGCGCAAGCUGAUGGUAGUCACCGAGGUUUGAAUGACAUAGAGAAAAUGUUUCUGAAGAGAGAGACUGUGAGGCCUCGAAGAAGAUUAACUCCUAAGUAGAGGAAUUUUAGGUCGAAUUGUUCGUCUUGAAUGCACAUCAUUCUUCACCGCAAGUUGUAAAGGCAAUUUUGAUGCUCAAAGAUUUGUAUCCCAUUUGAGGGAAAGAAACUUAUACGAUCACCUUAGACCCAGUUUUAGAAGACUAACAAAUUCACAACCUCGUACAGCCGUGAAAAGCAAGGCAGUUUCACAACAGCCAACGCAGUGAACUUCUAAUUAUCUGUAUGUUGUUGGAACCCUUGUUCAUUGAGGCUGGUCGAUGCACACCUUUCCCCAGGGUCACGAUUUUGGUGUGAAAUUUCCCCAAUCCCUCUGCUCUCCCGCCCAGUUUAUCUCUGUCUGGAUGCAGUCAUUUGUUAUCUUGUGGUGGAUCGCAACUUCAUGUUUCAGUUAGCUGAGGAUGAGUAUCCUCAAUUGGAGAAGUGAAGUGAGAAGACUUGAUUCUUCAUAGAACCCCACAUCUCCAAGUGAGGGUGCUCAUCUUCAUCUGAUUGUGAAUGCUGGUGGUGGCUCGCCAUUCAACAUGUAAGGUUCAAUACAUCUCAAGCUUUUAAUGUGACUGCUUCUCGUCGCUAUGUUUUGAGGAGGGAAGCUGUUGCAGCCAAUUUGUAGCUAGCAAGGUUUUUAGAUUUGGAGAGAAACUCGUUCCUCCUUGGAAUUUGCCCCAGGUUCAUGGGGUAGGAGCAAAGUUCUGGUGAAUACAAUAUCGGCAGAAGCUGUCGUGGAUACAUCGGCCACAAAGGAGUGACUUCUAUUGUCGAAACUCCUCAUUUAGUAUUAUCAGUACCAUGAUCUAGUCGUACAGUGCGAUCAUCCCGCAGUCUCUUUGUGGGAUGAUCAGCAUUAGAAGCUGAGAUUGAGUGAGUAAAACAGUUUCACGAUUUAUUCCAACUCAGGAACUUGAUUUUUGACUUUGAGGUCGAAGUGAGGUAUGUGUUGCCCCACUUCAUACCGGUUCACGAAAAUACAUGGAUAACAGUUAUGCACCGUUAUCCCCAUGUUGGAAGCAGCGCUUCUG